AUGCUGAAAAUACUUUUAUUCUUUAUACUUCCUGUGGCAUUAGCCACGGACUCGACGGAUGUUCUGCUUGAUUACAUUACCAAGGUUCGUCGAGGUGCUGCUUUUGAUUGGCUGGCCGAGCUAUGUGAUGAUUUCGGACACAGAAAAACAGGAUCAGUCGCUCUAGAGAACGCCAUCGACCAUGUUGUUGAGGGUUUGCGUAAAGACGGACUGGCUGUUCAUACUGAGCCAGUACCAGGCCUACCUAAUUGGAUACGCGGAAAUGAUAAUGCAUUCGUCGUCGAACCAAGACUUCAUCGUUUAUCUAUUCUGGCACUAGACGGUAGCCCUCCUGGUCAAGUGCAAGCGGAAGUCGUUGUUUUGCAUUUAUUGAGCGAAUUGGAAACUGUCAACGUUAAAGAUAAGAUUGUGUUGUUCGCGGAGAAAUGGCUAGGCUACAAGGACACUGUGGCAUUCAGAUCUUCAGCUAAGAAAGUAGCUGCUAAAGGAGCGCUUGCUGUUUUAAUCAAAUCUGUGACUCCUUUCUCUAUUGGUAGUCCCCACACAGGGUUUGGAGCUCGAGGAUCCACAAUACCUGCAGCUUGUGUAACUCUCGAGGAAGCUGACAUGAUUGAAAGAUGGGUGAAUCGUGGAAAAACUGUGAAAGUCAAAAUGGAUAUUGUCUCAAUGGAAGUCAAUGAACCCAUUAUUAGUAGGAACGUUGUUUUCGAUAUAAAAGGAUCUCAAUUCCCCAAUGAGAUAGUACUACUCUCAGGACACAUUGAUUCUUGGGAUGUCGGGCAGGGAGCUAUGGAUGAUGGAGGAGGAAUCGCCUCUGUACAUGAAGCCAUCCUAGCCAUUCAUCAAUUAUCUAUAAGACAUCCAGAGUUCAGACCUAAAAGAACUAUCCGCGGGGUGUUCUGGACUGCAGAAGAACAGGGAAUGCUUGGAUCGAGACAUUACUUCAAUGAACAUUAUAACAAAACUGACGAGACAUUCAUUUUCGUUUCUGAAACUGAUCAAGGAGCUUUCCGACCAUUUAACCUACAUUCACGAAUCGCAGUUCAGUCCGGCGCUAAGGAAUUCGAAAAAAUUUCAGAAAUUGUUAAGAAAUUGAAUAUUUAUGGUUUCCCAUUGACUACCACAUCCGAUGAUGAACAAGGAGAUGUUCAGCCUUUUGCUGAUGCGGGUGUUCCAUCAGCUCAGUACAGAUCUGAUAGAGCCGACGAGUAUUACUUUAACUUCCAUCAUACUCAAGGAGAUUAUAUGACUAUAUUCAAGGAUGGUGACCUGGAAGCUACAUCUGCCAUCUUCGCUGCUUUAGCUCACAAUAUAGCCAAUAUGGACAGUUGGAAUUAA